UAACAUUUAAGUAGUCACUUAAAUAAUUAGAAGUGAAAUUUUGCAAGACGAAAAAUGGCAGAUAUGGAAGAAAGCCUUAAACAGUACAUUGAGCAACCGGCAGAAGAGGUAGAAGAGGAAGUCACAGCUAAGUCUUCUAAGAAAGUCGAAAAUAUCUUCAAACCAAAAGAGAAAAACGAAGAUGGGGAAGCAAAACCGAAUAUAUUUGAUGUUUUCAAACCCAAGGAUAAAGAAGAUAAUGACAAGGCAGAAAAACCAAACAUUUUUGAUGUUUUCAAACCCAAGGACAAAGAAGAUAAUGACAAAGCAGAAAAACCAAACAUUUUCGAUGUUUUCAAACCGAAGGACAAAGAAGAUAAUGACAAGGCAGGAAAGCCAAACAUUUUAGAUGUUUUCAAGCCUAAAGAAAAAAAUUACCAGAAGGGUGAUUCAACAAAUAUAGUGGAUACUAUAGGAAAAAUCGCCAAGAAUCCAUUCAACGUCGGGGAAAACAUUAAACAUGCACAAAAUCUUAUGAAGGGAUUCGAAGAAAAUACCAACAGAAUAAUUGCUGCUCUACCUGAUCCUCUAAACCUUAAGGGGCAAAUGCAUGAUGUUGACAAAGCUUUUAAAGAAAGGGGUCUCCCUGGAGGAUUUGAUGCUAUUGGAAAAAACAUCCAGAUAAUAAUAAGAGAGCUUAUUACCAUAUUGAAAAAAACUGAUCUUGAAGAUAUUAUAGAAUUCCUUAAUGCUAUUAAUAAAGAAGUACCAAAAUAUAAAGCAACGCUGGCUAGAAGUAUUGCUGAUAAUAUCACGUGGCCCUUGAGGACUGCUCUAGAUUUACCAAAAUCAGCUUGAAUAAGCA